AUGAUUCAGCGGCGCUUGGAAGUCGAGGCCAAGCGCGCUCGCGCACAAGAAUUAUUGGAGCGUGAUAAGUAUCUUCAGCUGCGUCGCAAGUAUGAGGAGAUGGAACACCGCAAGAAAGUUGCAGAACUUGUGGUAAAGAAGCAAUGCAGCGCGAUGACUGCGUCAUUAUCGACAUCGUCGCCUAGCAAGAAAAAGCGAUGUCUGCGCGAGAUUGUGAGGCUUAGUAUGGCCCACGAUGCGUGUCCACCAGCGACUAACCCUGUGCUUGCUCCCAAUUUGCGAGUAGGCGUCUUAAAGGCUAAGCGCCAGGGCGCCGGUAACCCGCGAUUAGCUGGAAUUCAGCUUAUUUCUAGUGAGUUAGCCGAAGACGACGACUUAAUGCGUUUGGUAAAGAAGGUGAAAGCCUUUGGGAAGAUGAUCACGUCAGGUCCAAUUGAUCUGCCAGUGGAGGAUUCAAAUGUGGAGAACAACAAUUAUCAUGAUGAGAACAGAACAGAUACGUUUGACUUUCCUAGCGAAGACGCUGAUAUAUCGAUGGAUGUAUCGAAUGAUGAUGAAGCAAUGGCUGAUGCGUCCGUGGAUAUCCCUGCUGGCGAUAACGCGGAGAAAAGUAGUCCUCGUCGUGAUUCUUUCCGCUCGACAUGGGACCUUCCUGGUCUAACCCGCGAUCUUAAUUUGAUUCAAGACUAUACUUCGGAGACUGACUGCAAGUUGCUGCACUUUCUGGCAGGCGAGCGCCAGUAUUUCUACUUGGAACCGCUUGUAAACAGCAGCGCGUACUCACACGACGUGGAGAGAUGGCUCCUUACAGCUCACGACCUUCAAAUACUACAUCGAUAUCUGCUUGACCGUGCCGAUAUGGGGAAAGAGCUUGUGUUGUGUGCUGAACGUCUGCGGGCACUCGGGAACUUGGUGCCACCUCUCUCCUCGUCACCUAGUGAACAUCCGCUGAUUGGUGAUCUGGGUGUGUUUGAGUCUUCACGGCACAAAGGGUGGAGUGAAAUGCAGGAUCUGAUCGUUACUUUGCAUUCACUCGCUUUGGUGGCUCAUAUGCUGGGGAAACACUAUGUGGCUAGACAAGUUAUGGGUAGUAACAGAGGAGGCGCCAGUCACGAAAACGUUUUGGACGAGAGAACGCUGGAAUCUGAUCUGUUCACGUACAUCCUGCGUCCGAUCCGAUCUUCUGCAAUUGAGUCUAGUUUGUUCGACUCGCUUCCAAUUUCUCUCGUGCGUGAAACCAUCGAACAGUGCCCUGAGGUCGUCAACCACGUAUUGCAGUGGAAAGGCAAGGAUGACGUCCCGGAAUACCUUUGCGAAGUUGACUCGUGUGACUCUGAUCUGUCAGCUACGACAAGUGGCCAGCGAAUGCAUCCCAGCAGCAGUUAUUUUCUACGUAACCUGUUGGUGAGACUUACAACACAUAUGAAAGACCUGGAUGUGCUUAUGAAAGACCUGGUGGCCACUCUGAAAGAGAAGCGACCUGAGCUUCAUGUGGACAACGCUAAUCAUGUUAUCUUGCGUCGCCAGCGCAUCAUCGCGCAUGUGAAUCGCUUAAAAUCUGUGACGACUCAUGUGAUUGUGGAAAAUACGAAAUUACAGCUACACAAAUGGUGGCUUCUCUUUGCUGAGAACUCGUGUGCGUGGUUUGAUCCGGAUGAUGUUGACGAGUUGGACGAUAGAUCAUACGACAAAUUCACUUGUCUUCAAGACGCCUUGUACAUAUGGCACAAUGAGGCGCUUUUGUACUCAACCAAGGACGACUUUGUGGACCCUGAGCGCCUGGAAGGGGAAGAAGAAUCUCCAUUUUAUCAUACUGAAGAGGAUGCAAUUGACGGUGGAUAUGAUACUCGAGCUGAAGGCUCCGGAUCAUCUCCAUACGGUGACGUACCGAGGGAUGCCAACCGCACACCGAUGGCACGAGAGGAGGAAAUAGCUGCACUUCUUCGGUUAACCCCUGCAAGCAUGCGUGGCGAGGUACAGAACGGGCCAUUUACACGAGAUGAGGUGAAGAAAUGUACUAUGACGCCGUUGGAUGUUGAAAAUGCGCGCACCCAACUAGAGGAAUCACUAGCGGUUACGCGUGACUUGAUGAACGAAUUGGGUCACGCAGGACCGUGGCGUACGCAUGUGAACCAUUCUAAUGCAUUGAAGUGCGAACUCGCUAAGCAAGUGGCACAAUGCACCGCCCUGCAACAAAACCCGCUCGAACCGACAAACGUGCUGUGUCAAACUCGAAGAGAGAGAAGACCUCUAGAACUGCUUCGACUUCAGGUCGACGACACUCACAUGGCUCGAAGAAAGCGACCUCGCACUCUAAAAGCAGUCCAGGAAGCAGAAGCAGACGGAUCGAGUCUAUUCGCGUUGCGAAGGCGCUCGCAGCGUCAAGUGCUGGUCUCCUGA